AUGCUUCUUUCAGUUCCAAGUAAGGUGCUGACAAGAAUCAUCCUAGAGAGACUUAGAGAUGCCUUGGACAAAAAGCUGAGACAAGAACAGGCUGGUUUUCGUCAGGACAGGUCAUGUACUGACCACAUUGCCACGCUGCGCAUCAUUAUCGAACAGUCCCUUGAGUGGCAAUCCCCCUUAUACAUGACCUUUGUCGACUUCGAAAAGGCGUUUGACAGUAAUACACAAGGGAAAGCUAACAAAACCAUUCACGGUAACGACGGGAGUAAGACAGGGAUGUAUGCUAUCGCCAAUGAUAUUCUUGAUGGUGAUCGACUGGAUCAUGCUGAGGGCCACAAAAAACGACACAGGAAUCCAGUGGAGUUUCACAAAAAGGUUGGAGGAUCUUGA